AUGUCUCUAUCCAAACCAGUCUCUUUGAAAGUCAACGCCGCCCUUUUCGACGUGGACGGCACCAUCAUCAUCUCCCAGCCGGCCAUCGCCGCGUUCUGGAGAGACUUCGGUAAGGACAAGCCUUACUUCGACGCUGAACACGUUAUCCACGAGUCGCACGGAUGGAGAACCUACGAUGCGAUCGCCAAGUUCGCUCCAGACCACGCCGACGAGGACUACGCCACACAACUAGAGGCUGAGAUCCCCGGCAAGUACGGCGAGCACUCCAUCGAGGUGCCAGGCGCCGUCAAGCUGUGCAAGAGCCUGAACGGGCUGCCCAAGGAGAAGUGGGCCGUGGCCACUUCGGGCACCCGUCCUAUGGCCUCCAAGUGGUUCGAGCUGCUUGGCAUCACCAAGCCCGAGUACUUCAUCACCGCCAAUGACGUGAAGCAGGGCAAGCCUUUCCCAGAGCCAUACAUCAAGGGCAGAAACGGGCUUGGGUUCCCAGUCAACGAGAAAGACCCUUCCAAGUCCAAGGUGAUCGUCUUUGAGGACGCCCCUGCCGGUAUCGCUGCCGGUAAGGCCGCCGGGUGCAAGAUCGUCGGUAUCGCCACGACUUUUGACCUGGCUUUCCUCAAGGAGAAGGGCUGCGACAUCAUCGUGAAGAACCACGAAUCCAUCAGACUCGGUGAGUACAACGCCGAGACCGACGAGGUCGAGUUUAUCUUCGACGACUACUUGUACGCCAAGGACGACUUGUUGCAGUGGUAA